GUAUUGUUUCAAUGCAGCCUCUUCGUUAACCACAACCACUAACACAAAGGGCAUGUAAAGAAAUUGAAGAGUCAUGAUGGUAACUUAUUUAAAUAGGCAACCACAGCAACUGAUUCAACCAUUUCAGAUUACACAAAUUGUUCUUAUUCUCAGAAAAACCAGAAGAUGUCCGAUAAUAUUGUUGUGUCUUCACUUAAUAUGGAACUCAUGGAUUGCCCAAUAUGCUGUGAACCCUUAACAACUCCAAUUAUUCAGUGUGAAAAUGGGCAUGCAACAUGCAACUCAUGCUCGGAGAAGACUCAGAAGUGCCAUUCUUGCACCCUGCCUAUCAGAAGAAUGAGGAACCGGAUUCUUGAAGAUGUUGCUGACUCUUUGAGAGUUUGUUGCUCGUUCAAGAAUUAUGGAUGCCCAGCAACUGUGAGGUACCCCGAAAAGAGCAACCACGAAAAGUUCUGUUCUUUCAUAGAGUGCUCAUGCCCCAUUGAAGUUUGUAAUGUUAAGGGAACCUCUGAAAUGAUUUAUGCUCACUGUAAAGUGAUGCAUAAAGAUUUUGUGAAGCCGUUUGUUUUUGGUCGUAAAUUCCCUGUUUCUGUUCGGCUGAAUGAUAAUUUCUUUAUUCUCCAAGAGGAAAACACAGACAUUGUGUUUGUUCUGAACAACACAACGUGUUCUUAUGGGAAUAUUCUUACAAUCUGUUGUCUUGCACCGUCACAAGCUGGAUGCUGCCCCUAUGAAAUUGAAGUGAAUGCCAACUCAAGUCACAAGUUUCACAGUACUACCCAGAACAUUCAAGGCACCGGCAAUUACUAUCGUUCUUUUUCAGGGUUCCUUCUUGAUAGUGACCACGAAUUUUUUGCUGACGGUAUGAUCAAGAUGGAGUUUUGUGUUUAUCGCGCACCGGAGCUUGCUUAAGAGGAUGACCUGUUUAUGUAGUCUUGUUUAUGUAUUUUUUGGUUAAUUUUGGUGAAGAUGGAUAUUUUUGUUCUUGUUUUUGUUCUUGUUCAGGGUUAAUUUUGGUGAAGAUGGAUGUUAAUGUAAUUUUUUUCUAAACGUUCUGAAAUGUUUGAAUAUUUAAUGAAGUCAA